CCACAAAGCACUUCCAACAGCUCACCAUCACUCUUUUAUCAAUCCGUCGUCCUCUUCGUCUCCAUCGGUCUCCUCCACUCUCAUCGCCGGCGAUCUCGCUCAUCCCGCGGCGGCGUUCCAUGGCUGCUCCCACUGUGAAUCGAUGGCUGAGGCCUGAGGUUUAUCCUUUGUUUGGUGCUGUUGGGGUUGCUAUCGGGAUCUGUGGUUACCAGCUCUUCCGUAACCUUCGCAUCAAUCCUGAAGUGAGAAUUAACAAGGAAGGCAGAGCUGCCGGAGUGCUGGAGAACUUUGCUGAAGGGCAUAAAUACGCAGAACAUAGCUUGAGGAAAUUCGUCCGCAACAAAACCCCAGAAAUAAUGCCAUCAAUCAAUAAGUUCUUCACUGAUCCAAAAUGAAGCUCAGGACCCAUCUCAAUAAUUAUGUGAUGAAACCAUUGAUCAAUGCUUGCCUUGUGUUUUUAUUGAGUUGAAUCAAAACUCUUUGAAUGGAGUAUUUGAUAUGUUUGUGCUUUAGAAACGCUCAUAAGAGGUCUGCUGUUAACUCUUUAUUUUAGUCUUCAAUGCAUAAUGUCAAACUCUUCUUGAAUAAUUUCUUUGACUCUUUUGGAUUCACUC